AUGGGCAGCCCCGUCGCCGCCCUUCUGCAACCCCAACGCCGCCCUUUCAGCGGCCCCGUCGCCGCCCAUUCAGCGGCCCCGUCGCCGCCCUUUCAGCGGCCCCGUCGCCACCCACCCUUUCAGCGGCCCCGUCGCCGCCCUUCCGCGGCCCCGUCGCCGCCCUUCCGCGGCCCAAUCGCCGCCCUUUCAGCGGCCCGUCGCCGCCCUUUCAGCGCCCGGUUGCCGCCCUUUCAGCGGCCCGUCGCCGCCCCUUUCAGCGGCCCCAUUGCCGCCCUUCCACGGUCCCGUCGCUGCUCAGCCGCCCAGCGCCCGAGCCGCCGAGCAGCCCAGCCACCGAGCAGCCGAGCCGCCGAGCAGCCGAGCCGCCCGACCGCCGAACCGCCCUGCAGCCAAGCCGCCCGACCGCCGAGCCGCCGAGGAGCCGAGCCGCCCGACCGCCGAGCCGCCCUGCAGCCGAGCCGCCCAGCAGCCGAGCCGCCGAGCCGCACCGCAGCCGAGGCGCUGCCGCCUGUCGGCCUGCCCGGGACCGCCCCACUCGCCUGGAAAGAGCAGCGUCUCUGCCACUGCACUGCCCUGCCCCACUGUAAUCACUGCCUGUCUACUGUUGUCAUGGCCUCCCCUAGUGUUCUCACCUUUGACGCUGAGGGUCAAGCAAUCGACUUUGAGGUCUGGGUAGAUGAUCUGCAGCUUUUCCUACAGUGCGAUAGGGCAGACGGUCUCUCCCUCUUUGACCUCACUUCUGGUGCCUCACCUGCCCCUGCUGCUGAUGCUAACGCCACUGUUCGCUCACAGUGGGCCACGCGUGAUGCUGCUGCUCGCCUUGCUGUGCGCCGCCACUUACUGACCACUGAGCGUGCACACUUUAGCCAGUACAAGAGUGCUCAGACUUUGUACGACGCUGUAGUUGAUCGCUACUCUUCCCUUGCCACUGCUGCACUGAGCCGCCUCAUGCUACCGUACCUCUUUCCUGACCUUGCUGCCUUUCCCACAGUUGCUGACCUCAUUACGCACCUCCGCACUAGUGACACUUGCUACCGCGCUGCGCUUCCUGCUGAGUUAUGCGCCAAGAACCACCCCCCCAUGUACAUCACCCUCUACUACAUAGACACCCAGCUCCCUGACUCUCUCCGCGUAGUCAGGGACCACUUCCUCUCAGUUUGCCCCACCACUCUCACCGUUGACCUCCUUGAGAAGGCCCUCCUAGCAGCAGAGAAGAGUAUAGUCGGUGUAGGAGCCUCUCGUGGUGACCAUCGCACCCCCGUCUUUAAGGGGUGUUCUCCCUCCCCCCUCUUGCCCUCUGUUGCCUCUGUUGCUGCGGCCGACCUCGUUGGUUUCGAGUCGGUCGGCGCUGCGUCUGCCCCGAGCGGGAGACCCCGCACCGGCAAGGGCAAGGGGGGCAAGGGCGCUGGAGGGGCUGGAGGGGGCGGUGGAGAUGGUGGUGGAGGCAGUGGAGGGAGUGGGGGUGGUGGUGGGAGUGAUGCCAGGGUGGCGGCGGCGGCGGCAGCAGUGGAGGCGGCGGUGGCGGUGGUGGUGGCGGAGGGAGCGGAGGCGGCGGAGGUGGCGGAGGUGGCGGAGGAGGCGGAGGUGGAGGAGGCGGCAGAGGCGGCGGCGACGGCGGUGGUGGAGCGGGUCGCGACUCUGCGCAGAGGAGUGGCUCAGGUGGUGGUCCGCGCCAGCAGCAGCGGAGUGGUGUGA